AUGGAUUUCUUCAAAUCUGUCUUCUCCGGCCAGCCGGAGCCACCUUCCGGCGCCGGGGACGAGGAGGGGGCGGCGGAGGGAGUGGAUGGCAGCCGUGAAGGCACCGGCGUGGAGCGCGGCUCCUCCGGGGCGGAUGAGGGCGGCGGCCGUUCCUGGGGCGCCUUCUCCGGGAUCAUACAGACGCUGGUGUCGAAGUCGGAGCCGCUGAUCGAGACCUACCGCCGGGACCUGGAGGAGUUCGGGUCGGGGCUUCGCAAGGAGACGGAGGUAAUCCGUGAGGUGAUCCGGGAGCUUCCUUCCUCCCUUGAGGCCAGCGCUUCUGUUGCACAGGAAUCCCUCGGGACGGUCGGGCAGGCGCUUGACGGGCUCAGCGGCUCCGUCUGGCGGGGCACCGCCGAGAUCAUCGCGCAGGGAAAGGACGCCCUGCUGUCUCUCGACGUGGAUACCUCGGCAGAUCUAAGCUCCGCUGUCGAUGCCUCACAACCGAGCGUCGAACGAGGCGCGUCGAAUCGGCUGAGUAGAUUGGCGGUAAAGCUCCAAGGGAUCCAGGCCGAUCUGUCCACCGUCACCGAGGAGCCAGAGGACGCCGAAGAUUUCCGUUCGUGGUUGGCUGGGUUUAGCCUGCCAGAGAGAGAAAAGGAGAUUAAGAACCUUCUUGAAGAAAGCAGAGCCCUGCAGGGAAAUCUCGCGAGAUUGGUUCCGGACGUUAUCGACUACGAUACUUUCUGGAGUCGCUAUUUCUACAAAGUCCACAAGCUGAAGCAGGCGGAGGACGUUAGAGCUAAUCUCGUUAAAAGGGCGAUAUCAGGGGAAGAAGAGGAGGAUCUUAGCUGGGAGGUUGAGGAUGAUGACGUUCGGAAAAGUGAAAAGGAAGAACAGAAAGAUGGGCAGCAAAGUGUAGAAAGUCAAGGAGGUGAUCAAGUAGGCGCACAUAAGCGUGAUAUUUCUGCCAUGCCGGAAAGAGACACUGCUGAAAACCCUGAUAGCGCAUGUGUAGAGAACUCAAGCGAGAAUUCUGAAACCGAUAAUCUGGUUAAAGAUGCAACAACUUCAUCCGGGGAGAAAGAAUCUUCAGAAAUGAGUGCUACAGGGUUUGAAGGUAGAGAAGCUCCCAUUAAGAUUGAUGAUAAGAUUCUUCCUGAAGGGAUAGCAGAAUCUGCUGAAUCAUGCAAGGACAGUGAUGUAUCAAUCGUGUCAACUCAGCCAUCUAUUCCUGAAGAAGAUGAUCUUGGGUGGGAUGAGAUUGAAGAUCUUGGUGACAAUGAUGAAAAGAAGCCCAGGGUUUCUGCUGGGAGUCCCAAUCGGAUUGAUCUGCGCAAGAGGUUGACUACGGCCGAAGAUGAAGAUGAUGAUCUUGGUUGGGACAUCGAAGAUGAUGAGCCAAAAAAACCUUGA